CUACUUACAUAUUGCUUGACGUAACUAUCCUUGAAGCGUACAUAUAAAAGUACUACGAAUCACAUUCGUUUUUAUCUUUGUGAGUAGAAAAUGCACCCAAAAAUACUUCUGGUAGUGAUUGCGGUACUACCCGCAUCUUUCUCGAAAACAACCGAGGAGAUCUUUGGGGGAUGGAAACGACGCCUGGAAAACGAACACCCCGAAUGCCAAGAAAUGACGGAUGUCACGCAAAGGGAGGUCGACGCCCAUUUUCUACGCUUGGAAAUGAGUCCGACGGCAAGCUUCAAAUGCUUCAUACAUUGCGGAUUCAAGGCCUUUAAGCUAAUAAAUAAGGACGGGUCCCUCAAUAGGGAUGAAUUCCUCAAGGACAUUGAGAGGGCGACGACCGAGAUGAUGGACGACUGCGACGGAAGAAUUGCUCAAAUCGAAGACCAGUGCGAGAAAACCUUUAAGCUUUCUGAAUGUGUAACCCAUUAUCGCCAUGUUUACAUUUAAGGUGCCAUUUUGGGAAUUAAAGCAAAAAAGUGUU